AUGAAUAGAGCAACCGAAAUCCGACUCGUCACAUGGCUCGUACAAACCGAUCCCGUCAUCCGAUGGAUCGACAUACUUGAUCUUGCCACGGCAGACCCUACAAUUGACGCACCGGGACUGCGACAUGGAAAGCGGCAAAAAAUCACUGGCACACGAUUGAAAAAGUUUUACCAUAACUUAUGGAAUUCCGGCCGACGCGCAGCAGAAGGAACAGAAAGGAGACAGUUGAGCGAGAUGCUUGAAAGGUGUGAGACGAGAGGAAGAGGGCGUCGAGUUCAGACUCGUGGGGAUCACACGAUGGAUGAUUAUCAGGGCGACGAGGAGCCAGAGAACAAAGACGCAAAGGACGAAGAAGGCCACAAAGUCAAACGAGAAUAUCGAGUAGUGAAACGUCAUAGAAAGCACCGCAGGAAGGAUGUUUUUCAACUGGCUGUGAAGAGCGAGCAGGGAGAAUCCAAUCAUGACGGGAUUAGAGUGAAAAAUGAAUUUGCUGAUACUCAGAAACUCGAAGAAGACGUCGAUCAGCCACACCCAGGAAACGCAGCAGAUGCGACCGAGGAUCAUGAUGAUGAAGAUGAGGAUGAGGAGGAAGGAUACAGACAAGAAGACCAAGAUAUACUGGACACAGUAGUAUAUAAAAUUAUAGUUCUAGCAAAUGAAGAAAAAGCGGGGGAUCCGCAGACUGUGGAAGAAUAUCUUCGAGAAAUUGGGUUGCUCCAUUGUGAAAUAGAUCCAGAUGCCAGAUAA